AUGAGUACCAACAGUAGAGGUCAGACCAAGAGAGGUACUGAACGAUCACCUGACAACAACAAUCAUAAUACUACGGCAUCUGGAAGUGGCAACAAUACCAGAGGUCUCAACAACAGGACAAAGAGGGGAACCUCAUCAUCAUCAUCUCCACCUUCAUCAACUUCAUCAAUAUCACAGCAACAACAAAGUCAAUGGAGCAUAUCUCCUAACCUGCUGGAACCUCAGCAAGCACUGAGACAACAGACUCCAGCACCAGUCCCAGCUCCAGCCCCAACACAACCUCCUCAACCUCAACCUAAACCUCAACCAGUUCUUCCAGUACUCAUUACAAAGGAGAGUUACAAGGCAUUGAUGCAAAAGUAUCAGUUGGAUGAUGAUGAUGAUAGUCUGGACGAUGAUGACAGUUGCAAUGAAGACAGUGACGAUGACACCAACAAUGAGGAUAGCGUGUUUGAAGCAUACAACAAGACCGCUGCUGGCGUCGCUCUUUCAUCAUCGUCAUCAUCGACAUCCACCAUCCAGCAACGUGAGUCCAAUGUCAAACGUUUGAUUCAAGAGACCAAGCGAGAGAUAUCUUCAUGUCUUGUGUGUCUGGAGCGUGUCAGGACUGCUGAUCCAGUGUGGCAGUGCUCACAAUGCUACUGUCUACUACAUCUACAGUGCUGCCAGAGCUGGGCCAGGGAGCGACUGUUGAUCACAUCAAUGUCAGAGUCAUGCCAACAACGAGGCAUACAACCAUUCUGGUGCUGUCCCAAGUGCAGGAACGAGUACCAUCGCAAGGACACGCCCGAUCACUACAAGUGCUUCUGUGGCAAGUCGACCAACCCGCCAGUCGACCCUUGGAUCACACCUCACAGUUGCGGUGAACUGUGCAAGAAGAAUCUGGCACCUCCAUGUGGACAUAGUUGCACUUUAUUAUGCCAUCCAGGUGCAUGCCCACCGUGUCCACAGACAAUUACUGCGCGCUGUCACUGUGACAAGGAACAGAGAGUCCAGAGAUGUUCAAGCGGUGCAAGGUAUGAGUGUGGCCAGGUGUGCGAUGCAAGGUUGGAAUGUGGACAUCGUUGCGAGUCCAAUUGUCACACUGGCCAACAUCCACCAUGCAAGAAGACGAGCACUGUAGCAUGUCGAUGUGGCGUCACAUCCAAAGAGGCACAGUGCGCGCAGACACGCCACCUCUGCACCAACGUCUGCAACAAGAAGCUAUCAUGUGGACAACAUCAAUGUAAGCGGGUGUGUUGUAAUGGCUGCGAGCCAUGCCCGUUGGAAGCGCCCCGCGCAUGUGGCUGUGGCGCUCAGUCAUUCAAACUGCCAUGCACCAAGCCCACGCCAUCCACUUGCGGCGCCACCUGCAACAAGGUAUUGGCGUGUGGCGAGCAUCGAUGCUACGAGCGAUGUCACACGGACGCAUGUCCUAACUGCAAGAAGGUGACAACCAAGACAUGUCGAUGUGGCGCCAUCUCCAAGGAGGGCCCCUGUCAGAAGGAGCUGACCUGCACGACCAAGUGUAACAACAAUCGCGACUGUGGAAAGCACAAGUGCCGGCGCAAGUGCUGCACCGGCAACUGCCCACCGUGCGAGGAGGAGUGUGGCGAGCGACUGUCGUGCGGCAAUCACAAGUGCAAGUCCAACUGCCACCGGGGCCGUUGUCUGCCCUGUCAAUUCACCGUCAAGCUGUACUGCGCGUGCAAGCUGACCUACAUCGAAGUGCCAUGCGGCACAGAGAAGCGUGCGCCCGUGCCCAAGUGCACCAAACUUUGCCAGGCGCCAACGACCUGCCAUCACUCGGCUCGAAGACAUCAUCGCUGCCACUUUGGACCGUGCCAGCCGUGCAACAAGAAAUGCUCGGCGCCCCUGCCCAACUGCAAGCACAAGUGCCCGGAUCCCUGUCACGAUCCAAUACCAACGGUCAACUACAAGACCAAACCAUUCAUAGAGUAUUCGAGUCAGACGAUACAUGCAUUGAUCAAGGACAAGCCUGUAGUAUUCCCGACCGCGCUGCCAUUGUCCCAGGUGCAAUGCAAGCCAUGUCUGGUGCCACAGGAUCGACUGUGCGUUGGAGAGCAUGGAGCCAAGACAAUGAAGUGUUCAGAAGAUCCAGUGUACAGCUGCGACAAGCAAUGUGGCAACAGAUUGGAGUGUGGCAAUCAUUCGUGCACAAGUCAAUGUCACACAAUCAACAUCAGAAGGAAGCUGCAAUCAAAUGAUGGUCACUCAGUUGUCAUUGUUGAUGAUGAUGAUGUAGAUGGUGAGCACGAGGACACGGACGACAUUGAGGACUCUUGCGAGGUGUGCGAACUACCAUGCCAGAAUGAUCGACCAAAGGGAUGCACUCACAAGUGUGACCUUCCAUGCCACCUCAAUGCAUGUCCAACAUGUACAAAGAGUGUACGCAAGAGCUGUCAUUGUACAUCACUCACUCUGUACAUUCCAUGCAAUGAGUAUGUUAUGCCAGAACAAGUUGGCCGCGACAUCUUCUCGUGUGGCCAGGUGUGUCGCAGAUUCCUCCCAGGUUGCACACACAGCUGUCCAAACAUCUGCCACAAGGGUGCGUGCGCCCCAUGCACCGGCUCACUCAAUGUGUACUGCCAGUGCAAGUUGAUCAAGGAGCGAUGGACAUGCCAGCAAGCACAGCAGCGUCGCAAGGACAAGUCAAUCCACAAUGCCCAGUUUGACAAGUUGCUGGCGUGUGAUGAGAAUUGCAUGGAGGUCAAGAGACAGCAACAGAAGCAGAUGCAGGCAAAUGACGCCGAGUCAGAGACUGCAGAUGGCCAGACAUCCAACGCGUCAUUGACCAAGGAGCAGAAGCGACAGAGAUAUCAACAGAAACAAAUGGAGAUGGCACAAAAGUGGAGAGAGGAGGAGGCCAUGAGGAACAAGCGUUCAAUCCUGGACACAAUCAUUCAGCCCCACGUCAUUGCCAAAGUAUUUGGUGUUAUCAUAUUAACAGCGUUCAUUGUAUUCUUGGUCAUGGCAACAAACAGGACAAAGUAA